GCUACGUUUUAUUCUUCUAAUUUGCCUUGUGUGUGCAAAUAAUCGGAUCCAACUCAUCCAAAUUUAUCCGGUCCACCUCGAUUCCAAGUUCCAACAGCAUCAGAAAUUGAGCAUGGGGGUUCAAAACUGAAGGCAAAACGGAGGAAUCUUCCGGCGAUCUCUUGGAAGCCCAUUUCAAUUUUCACGUCUGGAGGAAAUCUCUCGGAAUUUGUAGGGUGGCAACCGGCAACUAGCCCGUAACUGGAAUUGGGGUUCAAAUUAAGAAAUCGUCCUCACCAAGGCAUUGGGGUUGUCUUCUACCUUGAAGACAAAAAGCUCUGCAAAUGCAACCCUAAUGAUAUCUAGUUGUAUAAGGAAAUAAUAGCAGUCUGGUUCGUUGAUACGAAGACAAGGUAGAAGACAAUUUGCAGUCUCCGUAAGGUAGAAGACAACCCCACGACAGCUGGAUAUCUUUGUUACAAGAGAAUUCUGCAAUAAUUUGAAUGCCAAAAUGAAUUCCAGGUGACUUCUCCAAGCUCUUCUAAGUCCAAGAUCUCCGCAAGGUAGAAGACAAUUUGCAAUCUCUUGUGAAUCUAAAGUCAAUUUACAGGGUUGUGUCUCAACGUAGAAGACGACCCCGUUUCACGUUUUAACGAAGGGUAAAGUUGUCUUUUCGUUCAAAACCGUCCAAACUAAUGGUGGGAACUGGGAAGGUAUAUUUAAAGUCUAAUUGCAGUUGCAGCGCCAUUUUUCUUCUUCUUCCGUUUUGCUGAGUGGAAGUUUUCUUUCCACACCAUCGUCACCUCCCAGAGUGACCCACCGCUGGUUGAUAAGAACGUGAGAAGAAGGCGAGAAGGAGAUCGAAGAGGAGAGAAACAUUCACGACAACGGUUCUUCAUAACCGAAGGGCAGGACGUCCAAGGCUCCAAGCUCCAAUCUUUGUCGCCUGUAAUCUCGAUUUUAGUCAGGUGUUAAAGGUCUAUCUCAGUCUGUUUGUUUUUGGGCUGUAUGCAGAAUAUUGUGUGUAAUUCAACCCCAAAUUCACAUUUCUAGGAAUCUCAUGAUGGAUAGCAUGAUAAAUUCUCUAAAUAGUGCAUAUCAGGAUUUUAUUGCUGCAGCAGCUGGUGUGCUUGAAGCCAAGGAUAAUUCCAGUGGUCUGAGAACAGCUACCACUGAUGCUGCUCUAGAGAAUUUUAAGCAGUGCUGGGAAUUGUUUAGAGUGGCUUGUGAUCAAGUGGAGGAGUUUGUGGAGUCUGUAAAGCAAAGAAUAGGCUCAGAAUGCUUGGUGGAUGAGGCUACAGGAUCGGGUCCACUGAAGCCUGGGCAAACCACCACCACCAGUCUACCUCCUAUUAGUGCAGUUCGGUUGGAGCAGAUGAGCAAAGCAGUCAGGUGGCUUGUGAUUGAACUCCUGCCGAGUUCUGGAACUGAUGCUUCCACUGCUUCUCAUUCCCAUUCUUCUGUUCCUUUUGAUGCCAGAUUUUCUGAAGAUGCAGCCCACUAGGUAAGCUUCUCAACAAGGUGAUUAUCUUUCUCUCUAUAUUAUGUUAUGUUAUGUAUAUGCAUGGAGGGAUCUAGCUUGUCAGUCAUUUGCUGCAUCCAGAUGUUACUACUUCAUAUUGCUAUUGUUCAUCAUCAUCCCCAUUGUCAAGGGAUGUUAGUGAUGUAGAGGUGGAAAAAGAGAAAAGGACCAUUGAAGAAGAAUUCAAGUUUCUCCAAGCAGCAAUUUCAUUAUUUUUAUCUGAUGUUUUUGGUCAGGAGUCUUCUAAGAAUAUUUUGCAGUUUGUUGGUCUCGUAUGAAGAAGUUUAAUUGUCUUGAAAGGUCAAAUUCCUUUAAAGAGUCUCAUUAGAGAGCUUUUAGAAUUUUGAAAAUGAAGGUUGUAAUCAUGAUACACUAAUAUAAAAAGUUUAAUUAUGUUGCUU